CCAUUCACUUAAUACUCUUUGCCUUUCCUCCAUUCUCUCUCAUCAUCUUUCUUAACUUUCGUUUACUGUAUCUAGGGUUUUCCCUCUUUGAUAUUGAUCAACAAAAAUAAGACCAAGAAAUCGUGGUUUAUAGAUGGCCGCAACACGCUAAUCCUUGGGAUAAAGAUAGAAUAAAGCUUGAAAGAGCUUAGAGGGAGGAAGAAAAAAAGUGAAAAUGGCUUCUUCAAGCUAUUCCAAUUCUCCCUGUGCUGCUUGCAAGUUCUUAAGGAGAAAGUGCUUGCCAGGCUGCGUCUUUGCUCCUUAUUUUCCUCCAGAAGAGCCAACAAAAUUCGCCAAUGUCCACAAGAUAUUUGGUGCAAGCAAUGUUAGUAAACUUCUGAAUGAAAUCCCUCCUCAUCAACGAGAAGACGCGGUUAACUCUCUAGCUUAUGAAGCCGAGGCAAGAAUGAAAGAUCCAGUAUAUGGCUGUGUUGGAGCAAUUUCGGUCCUGCAACGACAAGUCCUUCAUCUCCAAAAGGAAUUAGACGCCACAAACGCCGAUCUGAUCAGGUACUCAAGCAACGAAAUGCCACAGGCAUUUCAAGGGACUGAUGUUUUGAAUCAGAUGAUGACUCAGCAAAGGUCUGUACAAUUUGGAAGAAGGAUGGGUCAUGAAGGAGGUUCUUUUGAUCCUAAUUCUGGGUUGCCUCUUCCUUAUACCUCUCCAUGGAAUAAUAACCAGUCAGGAGAUAGCUCUGAGACUGGCAGCAUGUAAAGAUUGUGUGUGCAUAACUAUUUGCAGGUGACCGAUCGAUCCGGGGUUUGAAGAGGUAGCUGGCCAUGAACUAGAAGUAGAAGGCACAUUUGGGAGAUUGUAUGUGCAUUAUUAUAUCGAGAAGAUGUAGCGGUGAUUAUAUAUCCCCCUAUUUUUUAGGGGAUAUUUGAUCGAUGUAACGGUGAUUAUAUAUCCCUCUAUUUUUUAGGGGAUAUUGUAUGAUUGAUGUAGCA